AUGCCAGACAACAUUAUCAAAUCGCAUCACGUUGGUGAACAAGAGGAUGCCCACGAAUACCUUGUAAACCUGUUAGAGAAGCUUCACAGGCACCAUGCAGAUGAACUCUUCCCUCCCCUCACUUGUCAUCAGGAAUGGCUAUCGAAGAAUCGACAUCUGGAGUUGACCACUUGCAUUCAUCAGAUCUUUGGUGGAAAGAUCUGCAGUGAAGUGAGAUGUCGUAGCUGCGGAGGAUCUUCCAAGACCUUCGAUCUCAUCACGGAUUUGGCUCUUGAGAUUCAGAAUGCGAACACGCUGGAAGGUGCCUCGCUUGAAGAUUGUCUCUUGCAGUACACCAUCGAAGAGCAACUUGGGAUGAGUAACGCCUAUCUGUGUGAAAAAUGCAAACGACGAAGUCAAGCGACUAAACAGCUGAGGAUACACACGCUGCCCAACAUUCUUGUGGUACAGCUCAAGCGAUUCAGUUUCUGGGGAUUGCAUGGAGGAAAGAUCAGCCGAUCGAUCUCUUAUCCAGCCGUCUUGGACAUGAGACCAUAUCUUACAAGUCCUGAGAGACACUUCAACAACUCGAUCUAUGAUUUAUAUGGGGUUCUUGUUCACGAGGGCUCAAGCUUGCAAUAUGGACACUACUUGUCGUACGUGAAGCAUGCGUGCAAGCACAAGGAGGGUAGUUGGUACCAGAUGGAUGACAGUCAUACGAUGAAAGUUGACUUGGAUACGGCCCUGAGGCAGAAUGCUUACAUCCUCUUCUAUGCAAGGCGAUUUCCACGCACAGAAUCACUCGUGCAGAAUGAAAGUGACUCGGAGGACCAGUCUCAGUCCCAGGACGGAACAUCAGCCAGAUCGCACCUUGACUAUGAGAGGAGGAACGGGUCGCACCCUGCGGACCAUCAGGUCAGCCAAACACACACCAAGGCGGAGAGACUGCAGGGCAGUCGCGUUAAUGGGUUGGAGGCCGACAUGGCAGCGGGUCGAGCCUCGCAGACAUUGCAGCCAACUACGACCAAGAGUCUUUUCAAGUUACGAAGCGAAUCCUUCAAGGUGUUCCAGCAGCAUGUACAGAGUUGCUUCGACCAGAGCCACCCUGCAGUGUCUGUUCGAGGCGUAUGGGAGCAUCUCUGCCUUUCCUUCCUGCAGGAGCUCGAGGCCACCAAAUGGAAGGAAUCGGUGAAGCAGAUGCUGAGGGAGAGCUCCGAGCAUGCGAGCCAGAGCUCUGACAGCUCUUCGCUCUUCUCUCGCGCUGCUCGCCUUAUAGCUGCAGACAGCAGGAAGGAGAUGAUGGAGGCAACUGCCAGAGUGUUCAAGAGCUGGACGCUUGGCAAGAGAAAGGAAGCGGGGCAUGGUCUCCAAGAGGGAGAGAAGGAGAGCUUCGAUGAGAAGGAGGAGGUCGAGGACGGAGAGGAAGAUGAAGCGAACGAGUUGAGCAAGCUGUUCAUGGAGGUCAAGCAGGAGGAAUCCUUGACCUUCGUGAGCAUGUCGGGUAUGGUCCGGUCGAACUCUUGGGCUGAUGAUGCAGAGGAUGUGGACGCGAAACCCGAUUUCAGCGACGUCCCUCCUCUUGCUGCCAAUCCCUGGAAGAAGGUUGAGCCUGUGAAGCCCGCAGGUGUUGUCUUCGAGGACUUCGAGGGGCCUGCUGAUGUCGCUCCUCAGAACGAGAAUCGAGAUGUAGAUCGAGGUGAGCACUACGUCAUGUCACCAAGAACUCUCAUCACGGUGCCAGAUGCUCGUGACGAAGGCCGAGGAGGGGGUCUUCGUGGUAGCGAUGGCCUCGGGUCCAGAGGCAGGAUGGAGCCUGACCGCCGCGAUCGCGGGGACCGCGAUCGUGGAGGAAGAGGCCGAUUCGAUGACAACCGGCACGACGGCAUGGAUGGAGGUCGUUACCCUGACCGUGGAGGCUCCUACCGUAGGGACUAUGACGACUUUCCAAGAGAUAGCUACCCGCGCGAUCGCGACAGGAGGAGGGAUGGUCCUCCCUCCCACAGCUGGGAGCCUCCCACGGAGGAGAUGCUCUCGAGAAUCCCAGAGAAGGGUCCAUUCACUGCCUUCAUCGGGAUCGACCCGCGCGUGGCCUUCGACAUCACGGAGGGAGAGAUCGGCAGGCACUACCACGAUGGCGAUGCCAUCAAAGUGGAGAGUGUGAGAGUAAUGUUGCACAAGGACUCGGGGAAGGUCAAAAUGAUCUUCGUCGAUUUUGAGGACGCAGAAAGUCUCAGGAACGCCAUGCUUCUUGAAAAGCCUUUCCGUGACCGCCCCAUUCGCUGUGAAGUCGCGGAAAGCCGUGCACCAUCUCGUCCAGAACGUCCUCCUCCUCGUGAACGUAAAGUUGAGAGGGACAGAGCCAGGCCUGGACUCAAGGCGACUGAGUUUGAUCUGGACGAGAAUGACGCAGAUUGGAUGACAAAGAGGUUUCAGGCCAGCGUUAACACUCAGGGCUCAGAUUCAGACGCCAAGUCUUCGGACGCCAAGUCUGACAGGCGGGAGAAAUCGAACCCUUUUGGAGAAGCCAAGCCAAGGGACGAGGCAGAGUAUGAGCGCAGGAAGGCUGAAGAGAGAGCUGCCCGUGCGGAAGAACGCAAACGCGAACAGGAGGAGAAGCGAAGGCUUGCUGAACGUGAUGAGAAAGGAGCUGGACGUGGUGCAGGUAAGAAGCGCGAGGAGCCUAAAGAUCUCCCGGGCGACUGGCGAGAGAACGCAAAGCCACCUGAGCCGAAGCCUCGACGUGAGCAGAGGCCGCCCAGAGAAGGCAAAGACUUCAAGGAUGGUGAAGGACAGGGAGGGAAGGAAAAGCGUUUCCCCAAGGACAAGAAUACUUCGGGAAAUCACCACGAGAAGAGGAACGCGCAAGAUACUCAUAGCGGGGGUGAUAAAAAAGCGGCGGGUGAAGCAGCUGCUGAGAAGAGAGCACCGAAGAAAGAGGAGCCAAAGAAAGCGGCGGAGGCAGCAGCCCCUCCAAAGGAGAAGGAAUCGUUCAAGAAUCCAUUCGCCUUGCUGGACGAGGGGGAUGACGAGUGAGGGACGAGGAUGGGGGGAGAGGCUUAGGACUGUGAAGGGAGUGAAGAGCUUGAGGGUUAGCAGAGGGACGGGAGUAAGCAACCGACUGCUCUGCGGCCCGGCGUUAUAUCUCGACGAUUGCGAUAUGAUUGGUUUAUUGUGUUGAGCUUCCAUCACAUAAUGUCGAAUUUUGCUGUGGAAUUCGAGAUUUUCACGAAUCAUCCGAGUAAAAGAAUGUCGGAAG